GAGCGCCAGAGGUGGAAUACGGAUUUUGCAACUGUCAGCCACGUCACCGCCACGGACUAACUUUUUCAGCCCUUUGCGAACAGUUAUGCUGGAAUCUAUAUGCAAAAUAUCUACAAUACACAUUUAUAAGUAGUGUUUUUGUAGUUAUUUCGAAUGACAAGACAAAUAUUUAGGAACAUUUUGCGUGGAGCGGUUGCCCCAAAUGUGUUUUUAGAGAAGUCUUUGAUUUAAAAAAAAGUUAUUGUUAAAACUUCGUCUGAAGAUUAGUUGAAGAACUUUGAGAUUUCACCAAAUAUUCGAGCUUUUUUAGUACCUAAACAACACAAUGAAUAUCUUCCGUUUAGCGGGUGACGUGUCGCAUCUCGUUGCUAUCAUCUUACUAAUAUUGAAGAUAUGGAGGACCAAAUCCUGUGCUGGUAUUUCUGGGAAGUCUCAGGUGCUUUUUGCUUUAGUCUUCACUACCAGAUACCUGGACCUAGUCAUUACCUUUAUCUCAAUCUACAAUGCAGUGAUGAAGGUGGUGUUUCUGGGUUUAGCCUAUGCAACUGUGUACCUGAUCUACAUGCGGUUCAGAAGCACUUACAACUCGGAGAGUGACUCGUUCCGUGUUGAAUUCCUGCUCGUCCCUGUGGCUGGACUUUCUUUCCUUGAAAAUUAUGCAUUCGCCCCAAUCGAGAUCCUGUGGACCUUCUCCAUCUACUUGGAGUCCGUGGCCAUCUUGCCUCAGCUUUUCAUGAUCACAAAGACCGGCGAGGCAGAGUCCAUCACCACGCACUACCUGUUCUUCCUCGGCCUCUAUCGGGCCCUGUACCUGGCCAACUGGGUGUGGCGCUACAACACAGAAGGAUUCUUUGACCAGAUCGCUGUGGUCUCCGGUGUGGUGCAGACCAUCUUCUACUGUGACUUCUUCUACCUCUACGUCACCAGGGUGCUCAGAGGAAGUGGAAAGAUGUCCCUGCCCAUGCCAGUCUAAAGAGAGCCGGUGUUGUGUCAAGCCACACAUGGCCAGUUGAGUACCUGAAAGCACCACUACCCCCCCAGUCGUACUUAUUAAUGGAAUACGCUCUGCCGUGUCACAGUACCUGUAAAUACUUUGCCUGGGGUAUACCCCGGAGGACAGCCGUCUUGCUGUUGGUACCAGGUUUGUUUGUUGUUUAGCCUUUGUGAAUGUGUGCUUUUUCCAUUUUACUUUUUUCUCUUCUUGUCAUAAUCCACAGCGACUUAGUGCAUUGAUAUUAUGCGAGGUGGGACUGCCACAUAACACAGUCAUAUCAAGUACAUCUGUCCCCCAUAAAGGAUUUAUCCUCAAAAUCAGCCCUAGUAGAAAAAGACAAGCUUUACUUGUAUUUGUAUGUAUUUUUUUUAAGGUAAGACUGAGAUGUCUUAUUUAAAAAAAAAAAAAGGGGGGGGGGGAAAGAUAUCUUAACAUCAGAAAGAAGCUGGUUCCACCAAUGGGGUGCCAGGGCAAGAGCUUUGACUGGUCUGAGUAGUAGCUGACCUCCCAUAGUGGUGGGAAGGCCAAGAAACUAGAGGCAAACUGAGUGCUUGGAUUGGGAUGUGCGGUUUGAGCAUAGCCUCUGUAGACUAAAAUGACCAAAAAACUAUGGCGUUUCUGUGCAUGUGUGAAACAGUGUGUAUGAAUUCUGUGGGAAUAUGUAUUUUAUUUUACUUGCAUUAUUUUCUUUCAAAGGAGCAGAUAUUGUGCAUUUUCUUUUCCUUUUCAAAUAGAAACACUUUUUUUAUGUCUUAUUACCAGAUUUUCAAAAUGAUAAAACAUAUUACAGUAUAGUUGAGCGGCUGUUUUCUGGUAUUUUCACUUUCAGCUUAUCCUCCUGUUUGUUCAUACACCUCUGGCAGCCAUUAUGGCAGUGCAUCUUACAGUGAUUUCAUAACAUCUUUAAACAAAUCUUCCCAUUGGUUUUGUGAAACAGAAUUGCAAAAGCUCAGAAAAUUUGGUUAGAAGUAAUUGAUUAACAGGAACAUUCUAACUCAUAAUAAUCUUAUUUUCAGGCAAAUUUAAGUCAGUACUGGAUAUCUCAGU